AUGGCACAACUCAAGAAGGACUCCGUGAAAGCCCCCCAGCUGCCAGACACUGCUCAGAAGAAAGCUGGGCGAAAGACAAGAUCAGCUGCUGCGAAGACAGCUUUAGCAGACGUCCAAAAGUGUAAGGAACACGGAAUAAAAACUCACCUUCAAGCAAAUAACACGAGGACGAACUAUGCCGGGCAUGUUCGGCGUGGACGAGAAUGGUUGGAGAGCCAUUUCGAAACCCUAAGCUGUUCUGCUGUCAGCGAGACUUGGAGGGGUGACACAUCUGAAAACUCACUGGUUCUGUUGCCUGCAACUGCCGAAAUACAUACCGACAAUGACGUGUAUGAGGAUCCGGCCUUCAAACAUGCAUUUGAGAGCAUCCCGAACAGAUGCUCCAACAAAGCACUGGUGCUCUUCAUGUCCCUGAAAGGGUUCCAUGAGAACCUCAGCAAAACUACUGUUGAGAGCAUCCAUUUGGCAUUUAAGAAGCUGUGGGAGCUAUUAGAUGGUGAUACCUAUCGUGGCAAAUGGCACUUCAAUGAGGCGAAGCAGCGCUGGGAAGGAAACCCCGCUGAAUCUGCAGACAUCUAUGAUGUGCUGUCAUCCAUCAAGCAUAAGGCAAGUGCCGAGGGAGGAGAUCGCACUCACUCAAUGGUGAUGACGAAGGACUACAUGGAUCGGGCAUUCCAAUGGCACCAGGCUGUGUGUCCACUCGAGAUUGCACUACAGAUGAUUCAGAAGGUGAUGAGUGGCGCUCAGCCUUCGGAUAUGCACCUGGACUUGGAAACGAGGACAAAACUUACUCGCCAUCUUGAACAAGUCACGUUCGCAUCAAACGGAUGGAUGUUAUGGACAAGGUGUUUUGAGCUCGUAAAGUUGCAAAGAAAGGAUAUCUCACUUGAUACCACUAUUUUGGAUGGGGUGCUCAGCGUGUACCUUGCAAACGAGAUGCUCAUGCUGAGUAAAUGCACAUCAUACUUCGAGAUCUUUCUCGCUCACCGGAAAGGAUGGCAAAAGAAGGUGGACAAGGGUCAAUGGGAAGCAGAUCUGAGAUCAAAUCAUUAUAAGAUUUAUCCACGCCCCGACAUGCCAGCCUGUGACAAUUUCUUCUGGAUGUUAGUUUGGAUCAAGUGGCUUGAGUCCUUUCACUACGGGCGAACUCUCCAGCCGAACAACUUCAUUUUUCCUGCGAUGAGUGCAAAUGGCAUCGUGCAUCCUGGACAGCCAAUCUCUCACGAUACUGUACAAAAAUGGAUCAAUGAUCAGGGAGGUGCACAAUACUGGUUCAUGUUUGCUCCAGUGGGCCAGCGGUGGACACUUGCUAAAGUUUGUUGGUGGGGUGGAUGGGCUGAUGGCGAGCAGCGUGAUACACUCGUUCGCUACCUCCUCGACGAACUACAUGCUUACGAGACAGACUACAGUGAUGCUCUUGCCCCCAUCUCCCGCGGUGCUGAUGCCUCCCUUGCUGGCGAACAUGCUCUAGCCAGACCAGCAUCGACAGAAGAGCUUCGCAUGGUGCACGCAUCCGUUACAGCAGAUGUCAACUCCCUUUGCAAUGACAUGUGCUCCCUAACGAGUGUUGUAGCACAGGCUGCCUGCACCACAGUAAUCACUCUCCAGCAUCUCGAUUCAGGCCCCCGCUUCACCAACGUCUCUGAGUGUGCCUCCCACACACCAACUCCACCUGUCGGAGACGUAUGUGCGAGAGUCAAACAGCCAGUUUUACCCAGGCCCGUCAUCAGCCACACUCUCCCUACCACCGAGCCAUCCAUCCACACCUCGUCACAAAAACUCUGCACCACGCUGCCCAUCAGCGUCACUCAGGCUUCAAGCACUCAGAAACUCCCAACACCUGGCCUUGUGAUCCCUCGGGUCCCAGUCUCUCAUUCCAACAGAACCACCAGCCCGAAGCACAACUCCUGGAAGGAGAUUGUUGAACACUGGCUUGUUGGUGAUCGAGACCAAGGACUGACAACGCCACUGAAGGACUGGCCAAAGCACUGGUACCAAGGUGCAAAUAGACGGUUCGCAUCAAAGUACCACCAACGUGCAACAAUCGCGCUAGAGUUCAUUAAUCAGUACGAGUCGAACGAGGCACACUUUCUCGCAGCCUAUCCAGAGGCCAAGCUAGGGCACACACAACUUCUGAAGGCUGUGAACGAGGCACGCGCUGCACGAGGGGACCGCAUCUCUCGCAACAAGUGA